ACCGUUUGAUUUCAAUUUAUGUGCGUGUUUUAUAAAAGGAGAGAAUUAAAGGAUUAGAUGACAUGGAUAAAAUGAUUGGAACAAGACGCUGGUAAUCCGCUAUUCAAUCAUAACUUGUUUUGAAAUGUGUAAAUUUUUCUUUCUUUUAUCAAAUGGCUAUAAAAGAAAAGGCACUCGGCUCGGCACUUUCCUUUCCGCCGCUGCUUCUGCUAGUGUUUUGAACGUUUUAAAUUUAGCUAAUCGCUUGAAAAAUCUCAGCCCGUUCCAUUGAAGAUUCUGCCUCGACUGAGCUGCUUCAAAUGUUCCCGCCCACUGUGGUCCGUCGGGGUGGUUUUCAGCGCUCCUUCGCGACCGUCAGCAGAAGAUACAAACUGCAGUCACACUGACCAUUAUGGCCGAAGGAAGAAGGAAAGUCGCGUGUACAAUAUGCUACAAGGAGUUUGCUCGAUCUAGUACUUUGCAGACUCAUCUGCGAACCCACACAGGAGAAAAGCCUUUCGAGUGUGUAGUGUGCAACAAGAAAUUUGUUGGGUCUAGUAAUCUGACGAGGCAUCUGCAAACCCACACAGAAAAGCCUUUCGAGUGUGCAGUGUGCAACAAGAAGUUUGCUGAAACUGGUCGAUUGCAUGUGCAUUUGCGAACCCACACAGGAGAAAGGCCUUUCGAGUGUACAGUGUGCAACAAGAAGUUUCGCGAACCUUGGCGAUUGCGUGAGCAUCUGCGAACCCACACAGGAGAAAAGCCUUUCGAGUGUACAGUGUGCAGCAAGAAGUUUGCUCGAACUAGUACUUUGCAGGAGCAUCUGCGAACCCACACAGGAGAAAAGCCUUUCGAGUGUACAGUGUGCAACAAGAAGUUUCGCGAACCUCGUCGAUUGCGUGAGCAUCUGCGAACCCACACAGGAGAAAAGCCUUUCGAGUGUACAGUGUGCAACAAGAAGUUUCGCGAACCUCGUCGAUUGCGUGAGCAUCUGCGAACCCACACAGGAGAAAAGUCUUUCGAGUGCACAAUAUGCAACCACAAAUUUGCUUUUAAUAGUUCUUUAAAGGUGCACAUGCGGUCCCACACAGGAGAAAAGCCUUUCGAGUGUGCAGUGUGCAACAAGAAAUUUGUUGGGUCUCGUACUCUGAAGAAGCAUCUGCAGUCCCACACAGGAGAAAAGCCUUUCGAGUGUACAGUGUGCAACAAGAAGUUUCCUGACACUGGUCGAUUGCAUGUGCAUUUGCGAACCCACACAGGAGAAAGGCCUUUCGAGUGCACAGUGUGCAACAAGAAGUUUCGCGAACCUUGUCGAUUGCGUGAGCAUCUACGAACCCACACAGGAGAAAAGCCUUUCGAGUGUGUAGUGUGCAACAAGAAAUUUAGUAACUCUAGUAAUCUGACGAAGCAUCUGCGAACCCACACAGAAGAAAAGCCUUUCGAGUGUGCAGUGUGCACCAAGAAAUUUGCUCAUCCUAGUAAUAUGCAGAAGCAUCUGAGAACCCACACAGGCGGAAAGGCUUUCGAAUGUACAGCUGUGAAACAAGAAGUUUCAUGAAACUGGUUGAUUGCGUGAGCAUCUGCGAACCCACACAGGAGAAAAUUCGUUCAAGUGUUUAACGUGCACCAAGGAAUUUGCUCCAACUAGUACUUUGCAGAAGCAUCAUCUGCGAACCCAAACAGGAGAAAAGCCUUUCGAAUGUGCAAUGUGCACUGUGCAGCAACUAUAAUUUAUUCAACUAUUCUCUUUUCUCUAACAAAUGCACUGUACAUCUUUUAAUAAUCAAAUAACUUAAUAUGCAUCUCA